AUGCCCUUGCGACUAUUCUAUGGAGCGCGGUUCCGAACGCGACCCAGUUCAUCCCUCUUGACGACCUGUCAGGACUUACCUGCGGAGGUGACACGCUACGUUCUUGAGCUGGCGAUAUUCACUUUCAGGCGCGACAGUAUCUAUGGAAGACCCGUUCCAUGGGAGCCCGGCAUCUUGCGAGAAACAGCGGGCCAUAUCACACCGCCUGACGCCAUCCCUCAAAUGAUUACGCUGAGCAGCGUGUGCAGCUCUUGGGCCAUCAUCAUCGUGAACUCCCCUGCGAUCUGGGCUCGCGCAGCAGCCUGUGCUAGUGACAUGGAAACCUUUCGUCGCGUGCAAGCUCUCUGUGGCAAUGUAGCCUUUGAUCUUAGCUCGCAGCUGGAUAAGCGGAUCUUCGCGUCGUACUUCAAACACAUCCGCUCCAUGGAGAUCAUAGACGACGAUCCAACGGUUGACUGGAAUGCGCAAUUCGCUCUUCACGGUCCCCUUCACGCAGCCGAGCAUGCACACAUCAUGCAAUAUACCAAUCAUCCGUGGCGGCGACGUUUAGUCCUCCAUGCCCCCUCGCUCACGCAUCUCGCUACGCAAAUUGGCGUCCAAGUUCAUGCUCCAAACCUCCGAUCGUUGGUGAUCACCUCCGCAGGCUGCGAUACCCAAUGGUUACAGGUGUCAUGGCUCACAAGUCUUCUUCGACCAUAUAGAAAGCUGGAAGUUCUGCACUUGGAUGAUUUCGACAUCUUUCAAUACCCAGAUUGGUAUUCCGAACUUCACGGGGCUCUCGAUGGUGCAUCAAUACUGGAACUACGAAUCCUAGCACGUCGUGGACCAAUGGCAGACUUAUUGCCGACGAGCUCCGCCGUCACCCUACCGCUCGCUGAAGUUGUACAACUAUCCAUUCCGAUGCGCGUUCUUCUACCCAGAGCUCGGUCUCUACACUUGGCGGAUAUAUCAGUGUCAGACGUGAUGACAAUCUUAUCCGGGGCGCCCGCUGUCGUCGAGCUCAAUGUCCUUAAGCGCGAUGUUGACGCAUUCGCUGAUGAAGGGAGCGGCUACAUCUCUUUGCCCUGCUUGCGCUCCAUCCGGUUUCAGGAGAGUCUUAAUGACUAUAACUUAUGCUUGUUCGCCAAGUUGAGAGCUCCGGAGCUCGUUGAGUUCCGGGCUGAAGUCGAUCUACCUUUCUACGCCCACGCAGGUGCAGACGAAGCCGUAUUGAAUAAGGUGGAACUAUACGAAGAACUGGAACACUUGAUCACCGCUAGGAGCCUAUUCAGCCUUCAGGUCGCCUCGCCUGCUGAAUUGCGCAUAGAGACAGUCAUUCCCUGUCCGAAGCGCGUUGCGAUUGUAUCGUUCUGUCUAAGCGAUGGGCGCACACAAUCCUCGAGCAGAGCGCGUUCGGGAUUCUGUUUGGAAGCAGUCAUGCUGGAGGAAGAUUCCUGUCUGGUUCAAACCGCAGAAUGCCGGGACGUCAAAAGCGCCACCCUUGCCCAUGUUCUGUCUGCUUUCGCCACGUCUCGGGUGGCCCGUCUACAUCAGUCGAUCUCCUUCGAGAAUGACAUCAUGGACUCCGACGCAGCGCAGACUGCACGAAUACUGGAUCCCCUUCCUCUCCCCACCGCCUUGGACGCAGACCUUGUCGCAUCCAGCGUCCGACGUAUGACCUCUCUUACGUUGUUGGAGUUCGCUAUCGUCCGGGGACACGAAAGAACGGGAUUUGGGUUCUUCCACGCCUUGCAUGAACCUGGAGAACUCGCACGCCUCACGCUUCCAAAUCUACGUGAUGUACGUCUGUACACCGUAGGCCGAAGACCUCCGCGCUUAGCGAAGGGUGUUUGGUUUUUCGAUCUGUACCGUUUUGUCUCCGCCAAGCACGCUGGGAUGGAUCUCGGCUCAUUGGAUAUACGGGUUUCGCUGGCGGGCAACAUCUGUGGGUGCUAUAACUAUCUUGGUUCGUUAAGCCGGUUGAAGAAGAUUCGUCGCCAUGUCGCAAUCCUAGAUCUACAAGCUAGCACGAUUGCCGAUUCAAGUUGCCACUCCUGUUUGUAG